AUGUUCGCUGUAAGAUGUGAAGCUGCCUCCUUGUGGCAUCCGGCAGUGCACCACAGUUUGCUGUUGCUGCGUGCCUUGAAGCAGCGCCACACACUUGUGCUGGAGCCCUCUGGCGUGGCAACAGCUCGGACGGAUGCCUUUUGGCGACUCUCACAGUACAGCAGCCGCCUUACCAUUUCUGCCCCUGAGAAUAGUAGCAGUGGCGACGGUGGUGCACCUAUGGACGGGAGCAGGGGGGAGUCCAGUGAUGCAUUGUUGCACGUUCCACAAGAUGGACUCCAACGCGUACACGAUCCACAACACAUUCUAUACUUUUGGGAUUUGGCAACCUCGUUGCAGCAGCAGCGGCAGCAACAGCAAAAACAUAAGCAGUUGCAGGCCUACUUGGAUGCAGCUGUCGUCACUAGCCAGAUUUUAGGUGCCGUUGAUGAUGUUCUCGUUGCGCUUAGCAGUGGUGAGAUGGAGACAACGCGGCAGACACACAGCCACCUGAUGGAUCUCGUUGCCCGCCUCGACACCUCUCUCCAUGGCGGUGAUGACGGUGACGAAAUGGUGCAGGAGAUGGAGGACUGGAGUACGUGGCCGCUCUUCACGACGUUGCAGUUUCUGGUGGAGGAGGGCGGGCUGCUGCUUGGCCCGUUCCCUCGCAUGGCUAAGGCGUAUCUCCAUUUGCGUGAGUCGAAACCGGUUGUGGCGCACACACGACUCGUCGACCGCACAGUGGCGUUGGCGCUGAACUCUGAGGAUUCUCCUGCACAACCGCCAACAUGGCCACACCGAAGUUUUCUCCGCGAGGUGCAACGGCAGCUGGCGGACUACACUGCCAACCCUGCCGAGCGUAUGAUGGCAGGUGUUGUCGGUGAGAAAGGGCCGUUGAAGGCGCGGGUAAGCGGCGCCCGAUUUGGCUUGCAGUCUGUGUCUGCACGCACGCCCUGGACAGUGCAGCAGCAACAACUGAGGAAGCCGUAG